AUGCCAACACCUGGAAAUGGGUCUAUUAUACUUGUUGGUGUCCAUUUGCUCAGGUACAAGGAGUAUCAACUCCAAGAUUACAGCUCAUGGUUUCUAAAACAGCUGAACAACACCCAUAACUGGGAGCGUUUGAAGAGUUGUCUCGUGAAAUCAGAUGACUGUAACAACCUGUCCAGAAAGUAUAGGACUCUAAAACAAUACAAGCAAGCAAAACUGACCCCUAUUGAGGCUGGUUGCUGUCGACCACCAUCUGAGUGUGGGUAUCCCGCAAUCAAUGCCUCGUACUAUGACCUGAGCUUUCACCCAAUCAGUUCCAACAAGGACUGCAAAGUUUACAAGAAUUCUAAGGCAAUCAAGUGCUACAAUUGCGAUUCCUUCAAGGCUGGAGUUGCACAAUACAUGAAAACUGAAUGGAGGGUGGUUGCAAUCUUUAAUGUGGUUUUGUUCGUUGUCUUGUCAAUAAUCUACUUUGUGGGAUGCUGUGCGCGACGGAAUGCUGCGAGGAGCCUCUCCAAAGUGUGA